AUGGAAGGGCCCUUCCGACUCCUGGCCUGCUUGGUGUGCGUCAUCCCAGUGGGAUCAUUUGUGAGAACCAAAAGAGAUACUACCAGGAGCUUGCUCGACACAGAGGUGCACAGUGCGCCGGCGCAGCGCUGGUCCAUGCAGGUGCCGGCCGAGGUGAGCGCGGCGGCGGGCGAGGCGGCCGUGCUGCCCUGCACCUUCACGCACCCGCACCGCCACUACGACGGGCCGCUCACGGCCAUCUGGCGCUCGGGCGAGCCGUACGCGGGCCCGCAGGUGUUCCGGUGCGCGGCGGCGCGGGGCAGCGAGCUGUGCCAGACGGCGCUCAGCCUGCACGGCCGCUUCCGGCUGCUCGGCAACCCGCGCCGCAACGACCUGUCGCUGCGCAUCGAGCGCCUCGCGCUGGCCGACGACGGCCGCUACUUCUGCCGCGUCGAGUUCGCCGGCGACGUCCACGACCGCUACGAGAGCCGCCACGGCAUCCGGCUCCGCGUGACCGCCGCCCCGCGGAUCGUCAACAUCUCGGUGCUGCCGGGCCCGGCGCACGCCUUCCACGCGCUCUGCACGGCCGAAGGGGAGCCGCCGCCCGCCCUCGCCUGGUCCGGCCCGGCCCUGGGCAGCAACGGCUCGGCCGGCGUGCGGGGCCCGGCUCAGGAUCGCGGCCACCAGGUGACCGCCGAGCUGCCGGCGCUGGCCAACGACGGCCGCUACACGUGCACAGCCUCCAACAGCCUGGGCCGAGCCGAAGCCAGCGUCUACUUGUUCCGUUUCCGCGGCGCCUCCGGGGCCUCGGCGAUCGCCCUCCCGCUGGGCGCCCUCGGCCUCAAGGCGCUGCUGCUGCUCGGCGUCCUGGCCGCCCUCGCUGCCGCCCGCCGCCGCCUCGAGCACCCAGUCACGCAGGACGCCCCACCGUGGCCCCAGGCUCAGGAGUCCAACUAUGAAAACUUGAGCCAGAUGAGCCCCAGGGGCCCACGGGCAGCCACGUGUUCACCGUGAGGAGCCCUGCAGCCACCGGCAUCCACUGGUCUCCAUGCGGCGUGAAGGCCAACCUGAGGCUGGGCUGGGACGGCCCUUCCUGACUCCCAGGCACUUUGGCAGCCCCAGCCAGGCAGUGCUCCAAAGGGGGCCAGGACCCUACUCACAGAGGCUCAGUGGUCCCCUACGUGGACAUUUGUCCCCAAGUCCCAGCAAUAUUUCUGUCAUUGGUGCUGCAUUUUGAAAGGGGGGUGGGGGCACGUGUGCAUGCAUGACCUCAAGCUUCUGGAAAGCUCCUCUCACCUUUUCUUACCUAGAACACCACAGUCAAGCUGGCAGGACACUGGUCAGAGGGUGUCGAGGCCCAGGCUCCGUCCUGGCUCUGUCACUGACUUGCUGUGUGAACCAAGGCACUUUUUCACCUCUGUGGGUCUCAAAAUUCGUCCACUGUUGAACAUGGAUAAUAUUCUCCCCUCCUGGCUCAGGACUAUCAGGGUGUAAGGAAGUAGUGGACGUGAAGGGACUUUGGGAAAUACGAAGUCAUCUAGGGAUGUGACUGGAGGGUGUUUCAGGCCCCUCCUUGCAGGGCAGUCUCGGGACGUGCAGCUCUGGACGAGUGUGCCGGCCUCGCUGAGAGUGAGGAUUUCAGAGAGCAAAACUGGCGCUGGGCUGGGCUCUGGCCCCAGGAGCAUCAAGGUGACAGCAAGGGGAAGCCUGGUGUCCCUGCCCUGGGGCCUCCUCUGUGACUGCCCCACACUCUUUGCCCACCUCUUACCCAUCUGCUGCUCUGCACUGCCUUCAUCUGGGAAAGGAAACAAAGCAUCUUCUCGACGCAUCUGGAAUCCAUCGUCCUUAAGGACCAAAAGCUGGGAGGUGUGAGGGGGACACCACAGGUGUCCGUGGAUGAAGCAGCUACGGUCUGAGCCCUCUACCACCUGCAUGCUCCCCGGAUAUGCACGAGCCAGAAGCACCAGCGGUUUACUCCCAUUUGCCCAAGGGCUGCCAGGCUGACUGCGGGGUGCUGCCUUCCCCGCUCACACUUCAGUGCACCUGUUGAUCAUUUUAGCUCCUGCAGUGCAGUCCUUGGGGGCAGGGAGAGGGGAAGGAGUGAGCUUGGGACUCGGGUGAGCUGGCAAGAGGAAAAGGCCACAGAGGUAGGGAACUGAAGGGGCAGUGGGAACAAACUUUCUUUCCUUCGGAGCUUUUCCAGAAGCUGCAGUGGUACCCAGAGUCACUAGACUGAGCACAGGGUCCUCUCUGAUGCCUUCCGGCGACAUGGCCUGAAUGCUUCGGGAUCAUCACAAGUUAACAAGCAGGGCAGUGGAUUACGAGGGUUCCUCUCCUCACUGGAGCCUUCACCAGGGCACAGGGGUGAUGGCGGCUCAUGGUUAACUCGGGAUUUAUCCAGGAGCCUGUCUGAGCUGUGAAGAGGUCAGAGGAGUUGGCAUUUGUACCUCUCUGUACAGGGUACUUACUCUGUGGAGAAUCCUGUGUCAUCAGGGAAGGACACAGGGAUGGUGCGUCUUAGAACAUCUGCCUGGUCUUUGAGGCCAGUUUCAGAGCCAAGAUAAGCAGUGAUAGGAAUUGUUUUUUACGCAUCUGUUUUGUGCUAGCGGUUGGGCCAGGUGUUUGGGGGUAUAGAGAUGAAUAAGGCAUGUGUAUCAGUCAGGCUGGGUUAGGUUGUGCUGCAGUAACAAACCCCAAAUCACAGUGGCUGAGAACAAUCAGGGUUUCUUCCCUCCAAAGCUGGUGCCCAGCACAGAUCAGCUAGGCGCUCUGGGCAUUGUGCUUACUCAGGGACCCAGGCUCCCACAGACCCGCCUUCUCUGAUGUGGGUUGCUGUGUUGUUGAUAAAAAGAAAGCUCUGGAGGGUCUCCCACUUGUGAUCAUAGUUCAUUGGCCAGAACUGGCCACAUAGUUCCAGGUCAGAACUCCCCUUGAGGGGCUGGGCAGUGCGACCCUGCCCUGUACCUGGAAAGAGGGAAGCGAGGGGCAUUUGGGAACAACCCUGAUGACUCCACAGAAGACUCUCCAGGGGUUCUCACACUAGUGAGCGACACAGAACAGUAAAUGGGAAGUCAUGUAAGGGCAUCAGUUUGCUGGGGCAUAGGGAGAGGGGCUGUGGGCGCACAUAGAAGCAGGGACUGACCCAGUCUUCAGAAGGCUGCUUGGAGUGGGGGAUGUGAAGAUGGUACAUAAUGGCCAUGUACAUGGGGGAGAAUGGAGGUUGGGAGGUAAGAAAAAAGGUCAUUCUAAGCAGGAGGGACAUUCUGAGCAAAGGCCAGGAGGUGGGACAAGCAUGAUGUCUAAGCAGUUGAAAGCUGCUGGAGCACGGGGAGAGAGGCAGGUAUGGCUGGAGCUGAGGCUCCGCAUGGAGGCUUCUGCGUGGUGGUGGGCGCUGCCCAGCAGGGAUGAGCAGUGGGAGGGAUCCAGGGUGCCGUGCACCACUCAGCAUGGCUGCUUUCAGCCAUCUGACCACUGCUCUGCUCCAGACUCACAACGCGCUGGGGCUGGAGUUUCUGCCCUGGGACCCUGAGCUCUCAGAGCAGGGAUUCCCCCGUGGGCUCCGAGGAUCAACUACAUCAGGAACACCCAGGGAGCUUGUGCAAAUCCCCACUCUCAGCACCACUGGAUCACCUGCGUCACAGGCUCCGAGGGCAGGGACUUUAAACUAUCCAGGUGAUUUUAUCCCUAAUUUUGUAUUAUGAUCAUUUUCAAACACACAUCCACACUAAGCUGAAAAAGUAAGGUGAUCACUCAGAUGCCCACCAGCCACAUUCAACAGUUACUAACAUUUUGUAUUUACUUCAUGCACGCGUGCCUGUGUGUGUAUUUGGCUGAACCAUUUGAGAGUAAACUGCAAACAUCACAGUACUUUACCCUGAAAUACCUCAGCUGUGUCUCCCGAUCCCUCAAUGUCAUUAUCACAUUGGAUGAAAUUAACAAUUAUUCAAUAAUAUCGCCUACAUUCGUAUUUCCCCAACUGUCCUUUUUUAGCUUGCUGUUUCUAACCAGGGUCCAGCUGACCCCAGGUAAUUUUUAAGCAAGCUAAGUUGGAGACCCCUUCUGGGCUGGCCCGGCUUGUAAGGGUGCUGCUAGCUACCAGCUCGGUGGUCCUUCCCGCGGUGUUUGCGCCUUGGAGGAGGGCUUCCUACCAGCUGAAGCUGCAGCAGUCCUCUCUGCUGGAGUGUUUCAGACACAGCGAUGGGCCGUGGGAGCACGGUAGGAGGACCAGCAGAGGCGCCUUCUAACAAUUUGCUGACAAUGCACAGGCCACCUCCUGCUCUGUCUCCAGAUAAAGCUGUGCUGGGGGAGGUGGAGGGUGGUGAGGGGAGUGAAUGCACUUGACCAUCACCAGACCCCCUGGGCUGGCCAAGGAACCAGCGGAGCGCCCAGAUUCUGUCGGUGGCAAGCAAGGACCAGAGCUCAGUCAGCAGUGUCCUGCGGCCACAGAGUCAUGGCAGAAGUGACCUAGGAGAUCUGGUGUUUUCAAGACAGGACUUAGUGAUGUGGUGCAGGGCAGGUAGCUUGGGCUUCCGCUCUCAGGAGCCUUUCCUUCCCAGAGGGGCUUCCGACAACCCAACGUCCCUCUGCUCCCAGCUGCCCCCUCUAACCUCACCCCCGGCCAUUCUGGGAGGUGGGCCUCAAAAGGAAGGGUGACAGCUGGCCAGGUGCCUGCCCAGAUCCACCUGGAGCCCAGCACACAUCCUUCAAGGAGCUAAUACACUAGAUUACUAUAUAUGACAUGGAUAAACAACAAAUUUCUACUAGAUAGCACAGGGAACUAUAUUCAAUAUCUCAUAGUCACCUAUAAAUGAAAAAGAAUAUGAAAAGGAAUGUAUGUAUGUAUAUGUGUGACUGAAACAUUAUGCUGUUCACCAGAAACUGAUACAUUGUAAA